UGUGUAAAGUGUUGUUCUGUAGUUAUAUAUGUGUACAGGGAAGGUGCGAGUGGUGAGAGGUAGUAAGUGGGCCGUGACUCGGGAGGCUGCGGGGCCCCAGGCUGACCUACCACGCUGAGACACGAAAUGUAGUGGUUUCCAUUCUGGUGUCUAGCCUUCAUUGUAGAUUUUGUAGCGUUGUUCUGGUGUCAGUGUAGGUGUGCAGGGAAGAUGUGAGUGGUGUUGGGUUGAUGAGCUGGGGGGCCUCAGGCUGACCCAGCACUGCUUUGUGACCUGCAUGCUGCCUCCCGUUAAUGAUGCAGGGUUCUCAUCAAUGGUUCUAAUCAGCAGUACACUUACGUCGUUUUUUUAUGUAAUUUGUUUUGUCUGUAGUUCAUGUUUUGACAACUGAGCAGUUUGCUUUGUGUCUUGUGUUCACAUGAACUGUUAUGGUGUGUUGCAUUUUGAGGUCAGUGGUGGUUGGUGUGAGCUCAUCAUUCUCUUCCUGUUGUGCCUUGUGGCUGAGGGUUGGAUGGCCGCAAAGUGAGCGCCUGAUCAGUGUGUCGAGAAUGGCUGAUGCACGAGGACCAGGCGUUGGCGUACCGGCUGCAGAAUGAGGAGUAUCAGAGUCACCUGGUCACCAACCGAGAGCGGAACCAGUUGCUGCGGCAGGACACCCCCAAGGCACGGGAGGAGCAGAUCAGGGAGGACCAUGAGGCUGCCAUUGCCCAGACGGCCGUGGAGCUUGCUUUGGCCCAGCAGGAAGCUCGAGAUGCAGACUUGGCAGCCAAUUUGUCUCUGCAGCUAAAUGUAAAGGAGUUGGAGAAAAAGCAGCAGCAAGAGGAGGAAGACAUGUUGUAUGCACGCAGUUUGAUGGAACGAGAGAAGGAAACGGUGAGACAGGUUCGAGAGCUGCGGCAGGUGGAGAGGGAGGCGGCGUACCUGGGGAUUAACACAGGGAACGACAAUGUGGCUCUGCUGUCACGCAAAGAGAGGAGGGAGCGCAGUGCCAGUCAGACUGGAGCAACAAGUGAAGGCUCAGCUCCAGCAAGUAGCAGUGGGGUGUCCUCAGACCUCUCAGAUCUCAGUGACUUCUGCCUACAGCCCACCACUGACAUGGAUGAGGAGGAGCAGAGAGCCUUGCAGGAAGAUCAAGAUGCUGAGUUAGCUCGGCUCCUUCAGGAACAGGACGGAAAGAGGCGAGGCGACCUGCUGCACCGGGACCAGCUGCUGGCCAUCGAGGCGCAGGACCGCGAGCUGGCCAAGGUGCUGCAGGAGCAGGAGAGAGCCAAGGCCAAGAAGGCGCGGGAAAAGGCCCGACAAAAGGCUCUUCAGAAAAAGCAGGCAGAAGGAAAGUCAGCCCUCCCAGAACAGUCUCCCAGGGGCCGGGUGUCCAGCCCUCAGGAAGAAAGGUCCAGCAGUUCGCCUCUGCAACCAUUGGACUGCAACUCCCCUGGACCAUCAGGGUAUUCCAACAAUGAGUCGCCAGUACCGAGUAAUUAUGCGGGCUCCAGCCCAGGCUACGGCUCCCCCGAAUCUCCAAGGGAAGACGUAGACCAGCAGUGGCAGCAGCCACCCCGAGGGCAGCGGCUGCAGAGACCAGACUCUCUUGAUCUCCCCGGGACAUCGCGGUCCACCACAGCCUCCAUCCACCACGAACCAUCAAGGAACUCCCACCACAACUUUCCUGUGGGCAAAACAAAUAAACCAAGACUACCUGACCCAGAAAAUGCUCCUGGUGAAGUGUUUGUUGAGACCAGCAGCAGCAGCAGCAUGGAGCGCAGUCCAGGCAUGGGCUUCACCAACAUAGCUUGUGCCAUUGACCCAACCUACCAGCGGCGGGUCAUGCGUGGGGAGCUGGCGCCGUCCCCCCAAGCCACCCUCCAGUCUUCCUCCUCCUCUUCCACCACAAGCAGCGGCACGGGAGGCUUGGUGGGAGCCUCUGUCAGCUCACCAAUCUCACCAUUACCUCCUCCAGUGUUUGACGACGAGGAGGAGGAUGACUAUCCGGUGCCACCGUACAUGCCCAUCCAGGGUCAGCGCCGCACUGCCAGUCUGGAGAAGAACCGCAGACCAAAGCCUCCCAAGGAGAAGUCAAACAGUAAAGACGGUUGCAAGCAGCAGUAGUCACACUUGUUAUGUAGCUCCUAUCCUGUAACUUAUUCAUCUCAGUGAUUAGUAGUUGACCAUAAUGUUUGGUGUUCAGUACGGUUUAUUAGGUUGGUUUAGAAACAGGCAACUACCAAGCACAACAGAGCAUUCCAUAGCAUGAUGGAGAUGGAGGUAUUACUAUAUAGCACUCAACUUAUAGAACUUGGCUGGAAGUGCUUAGCAAAUGAUGUUGCAUUCCAGACACUCACAGAACAUUGUGUGGUGAGUGUUUCCAGGCUCACUUUUCUGUUGGUAUGUAGGAACCUUGAUAUUUUGAAUUGAGAGUUACAAUAUUGUAUAUUCCACUAGUGCAUAUUGCUUUGUGUUUUUGUUAGAGACAGAUACUCUCGCCUUCCAAGAGCAGAGAAUUUCACCAGUCAUUGCAGGUUGUCAACAGUGUUUCAUGGUGGGACACACUGACAAGUAUUGCUACAUAUCAGUCUUAUCUGAGUGGUUUAGUUUAAGGCUUCAGACAGAGUUAUAAAUUAUCAUAUUGGCUGACAUAAUCACUGCUAUUUUUUAUCAUUGUGAAAUUGAAUUAUUGCGAUAUAAGAUGACGUGUGCUUCACCAUUCCUCUCUGUGUGUUUGGAGGGGGAUGUGUGUGAUGUGAUUUAUUUUGGCUUCUUGGUAUGACAGCCAAAAUCAAAAGGUUUGUUUUAAGCAUACCAUUGCUCCUUAGAGUGAGUUUGUAUGACACAUUCUCUGCACCGAGAGGAAGUGACAGACAGCUAUAGUUUUGUAAUGAAAAAGGCAGCUAAACUUUGUGCCCUAUAGAAAAGUAUGUAUUAUCAAAAAUUCCUCUGUGUUGAAAUAAUUUUUUUCCUAUAUAUAUAUUUUCAGAAAAGUUAAUUUACAAACAUUAUUUUUGUAUUGUGUAGGUUAAGAGGAAUUAAUGUUUGAUAUUGUUGUGUGGUGUGGCAGUGUGUGCAUCUUGCAUUGGUGCGCAGCACUCCGGGAAGCAGCUGGUGACGUCUGCACCAGGAGGUGUUGGCCAGGGCAGCUGUGAGGAGUGGCAGUGUGGCCAGCUGAGUGUUUCCCAACAUAUGGCUUAUUUCAUAUUGUUUAAACAAAUUCAUAUAUUAGAAUCUCAAUUGACGUCUGUUAGAUAAUAUAUGCAUAGUAGUUUAUUUAAUUUACCUUCAUUUGAUGAUUGCUUAUAUUUUUAUGAGAAAAGGUAGAUUAAGUAUAUUUUUUUAUUCACUAUCAUUUAUCGAGUUGUAUUUCUGAUCUACACUUCUUUCUGGAAAUGCUGGAGAGAAUGGCCUCUGCAGCUAUCUACAAUUCAACUUUUCCAGACACAUUCCUUGUAUUCCUCCGCCCUUUUAUAUCUGUCUCCCUUUCUCCUUCUUUCCUUGGUAAUCUUGUUUUUCACCGGCUGCUGUGCCGCGCCCAACCACCCAUCCACCUCUGUCCUCAAGUACUUCUUACUGCUUGAUCUUUACCGUUUUAGUGAAAGAUUAAAACAUUUACUUAAUAUUCAAAGUGAUAGACUUCAGUAAUGAAUUUAUUAGUAUAUGUAUUCUUUAUUUUGCUGCUGGUCACUUAUAUAAAUGAUUGUUUAUAAUUAUUUGCAGAACGCUUUUUUUUUUUUUUUUUUUUUUUUUACCAACUUUUGUAGUGAAAAUAUUAGUUUUGACAUUCAGUAAGUUAGUUUUAUUUUGUGUGAUGUACUGUGCUUGUGUCAAUGUGGUAGGGAUAAUUGGCUAUGAGAAUUCACUAACUGGUUAGCUGACAUUGUAUAGUGAAACAUGGCCUGUGUCAGGAUACUUGUCCCACCAUUAGUGGAGUGUUCUCUUCCAAGACUCUGAAAGAGCAGCUCAAAAGUGCAAUGUACAUACAUUAAGAAAUGACAGCAACUGUGAGUUUCCUUGUCAUGAGAGAAAGAUCUCUUGACUGAUGCACAUUCAGUCUUUUAUAUAAGUUUGUUACUUGAAAACUGUAGGCAUUAAUGCAUGCUCACUGCCAUGGCAAUGUCCUGUGGUUGGGAAUUGAAGAUACUUACAUAUCAUGCAUAAUCUUUAGGUGUAUAUGAGGGUGAGCCAGAAAGUAUUUGCAAAAAUUUUUUUUUGCAGUUGUGUUGCAUUCAGCUCACUAUACUGUCAUAAUUUUGAUGAUGCAGUGUCUGCACCACCAGGGCCUCAUGCCAGCCUCAGAUCCUACCACCCACCAUCUCACCAUGACAUGCUUGCCUCUCCUAUCAUCACCAUCUUGAUUAUUAUCACCACCACCACCACCACCACCACCACCACCACCACCACACUUGUCAUCAGAUAACUUUGAAGGAUGCAUUCAGAAUCUGCAUUCACCAGGUGGCAGCUGACUCUGCUGCAUUGUCAUAUUGAAUGUGGCUGCCAAAUCAUUUAGGCUUGAGUUGUCAUCUCAAGUUCUCAUCAUCUGUCAUCCUUGGUGGACUGUUUGGCACAUUGCUGUUCCUUCUUUCACAUUCAAAACACUUAAACACUUCACUGAGCCAUCUUCCUGUACUGCUGAAUCAGCACACUGCAGUUCAGACAAAUCUACAACUGAUUUACCAGUGAAGAGCCAUGGCUAAGGUGAAGCUGUAGUUUGAUCUCAUAGUGUUCUCUGAUGUCAAUAUGGAUACUAUAAUUUUAGAAGCAGAUUCCAUGUCAGUGUUGAUCAGCCUUGGUCACCUUAUGGCAGCUUUCCACACUACAUGGCAGUGCACAACUUCUCUGUUAAAUAUCCAGGUUUCUAUGUUUUCUGAAGUGUUUAUUCAAAGUUUUCUUUGAUUUACCUACUUUUUUCUUUUAUUGUAUUCAGUGAUUCACUCUCAUUUUUAUGCUUUCCCUCAGAAGAUGAGGAAAAUGGAAUUAAUGAUAUGACUUGCAGUCAGUCCUGCUACUGCUUUGUUGCUACAUAAAUGUCCUUCAGUAGCAAUAUUUUUUGAUAUUAAAGUUAUUAAAUUUUAAAACCAUUUUCAGUUCAAUAUAUAAACACACACACACACACACACACACACACACACACAGUCAUAAGGUCUAUUUAUGCAUUGUGGUGAAGGUGUGAGGCACUAGUACAUGUGUGGUGUGGGUGUAACUCAGUGCAUGAAGGCCACAGUGGCUUGCUUUGCCUGCUGGGACUGAAGCUUUCACUGUUGUAGGGAGUGUGUUUGCUGUUCACACUGGGAAUGCAGCUUACACACACUGACUUAAACAUAUUUUUGCUUAAGUUUUCUGGCUCAUGAAAAUUAUUUACAUCCUUUAGUGUUUAAGUUAAUUAGUUUUAGUGUUGUGCAUAUGGCCACCUGGAGUUUAUAUAAAUCAUAAGAAAUACAGUAUUUUUCAUGCAAAUGAUCUGCUUCACCUCUUCCAGGACUCUUUACAUGGAAGCUGUGUACACUGCCUUUGUAUUGGUAAGGAGAUUGUGCAAUAUAUAUACAUAUAUAUUUUCAUUUAUCAGUGUUUUUAUAAUAGUUUGUGUAUUUGUGUAAUGAAACUCCUGUAUAUGAGUGACUUUAGUACUGUACAUUAGGGAGUGUGACUUCAGAGAGCACUGUACUGUACAUGAAGGGUUUGGCAGGGUGAAGGUGUGACAGGUGUUCCUCCUGGCCCAGGUGGUGGUUGCUGGCACUGCUGGCCUGCACACUGCACACACCAACACCACCACCACCACCACUACCACUCACUUGCACACCUAUUGUUGUUAGUAGUGCUGUUAUUAUCAUUAUUACCAUUAUUAUCAUUACCAUUAUUAUUAUUAUUAUUAUUAUUAUUAUUAUUAUUAUUAUUAUUAUUAUUAUUAUUAUUAUUAUUAUUAUUAUUAUUAUUACUGAUUACUAUUUUUGUUCAAGUUAAUUUUGCUUUUUUUUACUUGUUUGUUUAUGAAUUGUUUUAAACUUUAUGCAUUUGCAAGGUAUGGUAGUGAAUAAGUUGUGGUAGUGGUGAUGAAAUUGUUAUCAUUAUUUCGUAUUAUUAUUUAUUAUUUAUUCAUUUAUUUUUUUUUAUUACAAUUAUUGUCAGCAUUAUAGUAGCAUUAUUAGUGUUAUUAUUCUUUAAAGGUAGCACUAUUGUCAUUUCUACUGCUGCUCUUGUUUCUACUACUACUACUACUACUACUACUACUACUACUACUACUACUACUACUACUACUACUACUACUACCACCACCACCACCACCAC